AUGCCGCUAGUGAAAAGGAACAUCGAGCCCCGGCACCUCUGCCGUGGAGCCCUCCCCGAUGGCGUGACCAGUGAAUUGGAGUGCGUGACCAACAGCACCUUGGCUGCCAUCAUUAAGCAGCUGGGGAGUCUCAGCAGACAUGCCGAAGACAUCUUUGGAGAACUGUUCAACGAAGCCAAUAGUUUCUACAUGCGAAUGAACUCUCUGCAGGAGCGGGUGGAUCUUCUGGUGAUCAAGGUCACUCAGUUAGACUCCACCGUGGAGGAAGUUUCGCUGCAAGACAUCAACAUGCGGAAAGCGUUCAAGAGCUCGACUAUUCAGAACCAGCAGGUCGUCUCCCGCAACUCCAUCCCUAACCCUGUGAUGGAGAUGUACCAGCGCUGUGAUAAGCCCCCGCCACUCAACAUCCUCACGCCGUAUCGAGAUGAUAAGAAAGAUGGCUUGAAGUUCUACACGGAUCCUUCAUAUUUCUUCAACUUGUGGAAAGAGAAGAUGCUGCAGGCAACAGAGGAUAAAAGGAAAGAGAAACGUAGGCAGAAGGAGCAGCGGCUGGUUGAAGAUUCUACCCGGGAAGUGAAGAAAGUGAGGAAAGCUCGUAACCGGCGGCUGGAGUGGAACAUGAUGGCCUACGAUAAAGAAUUCCGACCCGAUAACAGGUUCUCACCAUCCCCAUAUCACAUGGCCUCAUCGGAAGGAUCACUAUCCCCAGAUAAUAGAUCUUAUGCGUCCGAUGCAGCUGAUCACUCAUACCCAGCCAGUCCUAAUCACCACGCCCAGCAGAUAUUAGCGCCAGCCUCACACCUCUCAACAGACAACAAAGAGGUAAUCCUGGUGGCCAGCCAGGGCCAGGAGCACGUCUACAGACCCUCUGUGGCAGGAAGCCGACAAAACAGUCUCAACCGAGUGCAGCAGCCUCAUGUGCCGCAGCUGCCAGAGACUGUGCUGAACGGACCGAGACCUCAGAUAGUCAAGGAUUAUGGCCCUCAACAGGUGCCCUUGGCCGAAUACUUUGUCCCUCCUGCUCCUCCGCCCCCACCCCCAGUCAUCCCCUCGGCUCAGACUGCCUUCGACAGCCCCAUCUCUGCCCCUCCAGCCGUGGCGCCUAAUGCUGCUACCACUGUGGCUCUCUCAUCUUAUGCGCCUUCCCCUCCGCCAGCUCCACCCUGCCCCUAUUCUGCCUCUCCCCCGCAGACUGGCCCUCUGGGGCCCCCUGUUGCACCUCCCCCUCCUCCCCCUGGCCCCCCAACAGUUACGGCCUCACCAGCUCACUCGGCAUCUCCCCCUGCUGUUACGGUUGACGCACGGAAGCCUCAGAUCCCCCUGAUACCAAUGAGUGAUGCCCGGAGUGACCUGCUUGCCGCAAUCCGCAGAGGAAUUCAGCUCCGGAAAGUCCAAGAGCAAUGGGAGCAGGAGGCUAAGAAAGAGCCAGUGGGGAAUGAUGUGGCCACGAUCCUUUCCCGCCGGAUUGCCGUGGAGUACAGCGAAUCAGACGAUGACUCGGAACUGGAUGAGAACGAGUGGUCAGAUUGA